AUUACUGAAAACGAUUUCACUUCUGGCGCAGGAGAGAAGAGGAAGCUCAUCCAGCCGACAUCCUUGAAAGACCCCAAGCUUGAAAACCUAAAGCAGGUCUUGGUGGACUGGAUCAAUAAGACUUUGAAAGCAGAGCACAUCGUGAUACAGAGUCUGGAGGAGGAUCUGUACGAUGGACUCGUCCUUCAUCACCUGCUGGCCAGAUUAGGCAACGUGAAGCUCGACGUGGAGGAGAUAGCGCUGACCGGCUCCUCUCAGCUCCGUAAGCUGGAAGCCGUCAUGAAAGAGCUGGACAAGAUGCUGGGCGUGGAGGACAGCUGCCCGAUCAAAUGGGACGUCAAACUCAUCCACAACAAAGAUCUCCUAGCUACCAUUCAUCUGCUGGUUGCCAUGGCAAAAGCCUUCCAGCCUGAGCUAAAUCUGCCACCUAAUGUGAAGAUUGACGUUGUCACAGUAGAAGUAAGCAAGAGCGGAAUCAAAUCUGAGGUGCAGACCGAAGUCCUGACAGAGGACAGCAACGCAGGCUCAGGCUCCUCUAGCUAUCCUGGAAGGGAAGAUCCCAUUGAGCAACUGCUGAAGCUUGAGGCUACCAAGGUCAACACAGUGAAGAAGGCCAUCUUACACUUCGUCAACCAGAACAUGGCAUCGCUGGGUCUGCAGGUGGCUGAUAUGGACAAACAGUUUGCUGAUGGAGUGAUAUUGCUGCUGCUGAUUGGCCAACUGGAAGGCUUCUUCAUCCCACUGGUUGACUUCCACCUGACCCCUGCUAACGACGCCGAGAUGCUUCAUAAUGUGACGUUAGCCCUGGAUCUCCUGGAUGAUAUUGGCCUGCAGCUGCCCAAUAUUGACCCGCAAGAUAUCGUCUCUCAGGACGUCGCCGCCACCUUGAAGGUCCUUUACGCCCUGUUCAGGAAGCACAAAAGGAACUGAGGGAGGAAGACAAGAUGAGCUGCUGGAAAUAAACAAGAAGAUGGGAGGGGAAAAGUGUUUGCUGUGUAAUUUAUUGCUGUAUUUUUGUUUUUUGGGUCGUCGUACAGAUUUAGACAAAAACAGUGGGAUCUAUUUUCGAACAUUUUAGCUUUUAUGAAUAGGGGCACUUUAUGUAGUAUAGGCUAAAUGUGUUUUGAAAAAUAUAUAUAUAUAUUUUUUGUAAAUAUCUUGAGAACUCAGGUUGAAAAGUACAUCUUCUCUUGAUUAAAAAAAAAGGUAUUAAAUUUUACUUUUAUCAAAUUUGGAGGACAGCAAAUACUUCAGUGUUGGUGGCAGCAGCAAACUGCUUGAGUCAGAAAACUGAUAUUUUUUUAAGACUCUGCACACCUGACGGAGCCUCAGGUAGAGAAGCAAGAAACGCAGCUGAUUGGAGUCAGUUUAUGCAAAUAAAGCUUUAUAUCCAGAAAACUAACAUCUGACUAUCAUCACAGAAAAAAAAGAAAAGAAAAAGAAACGGUUGUUCACAGUUUAGAGCAGAUUUUGUUUUACAGGUUUUCCGUGCUGAAACGUUUCAGUGAUAUGCCAAAUUUGAAUUUUUUUUUUACUGUUGCCACUAAAACCUUUGCAAAGUUUUGUCUACUUUUAUAUUUAUGAAUGCCAUUGUGAAUAAUACGUUUCUCUUGACAAUGACAGUAUCAUCAAUAUCUUAACUUCAGAUGGACGACUAAUAUAAAGAAAUAUUCAAGGUACGGCAUGUGGAUGUAACUUAACUGUAGCUUAAUCGACUGCAUAAAUAUUAGGUCAUGUGUCCUUGGUUGUGUAUGUAUUUCCAUAAAGCUUCACUCCCUGGUAACACAA